AUGGCUACCUCUGUUCUUGAAGCACCCUCUAUUAUAAGGGGGACUUGUCUCCCCACAAGCCUUCACCAGAAAAAUAGAUAUCGAGAGAAUCCGUUGAAAUAUAUUGCGUCUUUGGACAUCCUCCGACAAAUUUUUUCGUGGACUAGAUCUUAUCUUAUCUUAAUUUUGUCCUCAAAAAAGCCACUCAAAAUCGUCAAAACUUUAGUUUGGAAAUCAAUCAACCAAAUGCAAUCCGCUCUUCUCAUUCUGGCCCUCCUGGUCCACACCGUCUACAGCUACAGUACCACCAGAGCUGAAACCCUUAAACUCUUCAAUUCGGCGAGAUCCUUGAUCGCCAAAAAUACUAAAGUCGCCAAUAUGAUACAAUUGGAGUACAGCCCAGCCCUGGAGGAUAUUCUUUAUGUUAAGUUGGGAAAGACCGGAGGAUGCUCAGAUUCUAAAAUAAUUCACGACGAGUAUAAUUCAAGAAUUCAUGUGGAAGCACAUUUGAAUGUGAAUACUGAAACGAUGGAUCAGCAAUCAUUUUCGAAACUUUUCGGAGGAGCUGACAAGCAAGUGAUGGCUCAUGUGGAGACGAAAUGCAUGGAAACUGGAAAAGAGAACUCUUCAUUUUGGAAAUCAAUCAACCAAAUGAAAACCGCUCUUCUCGUCUUGGUCCUUCUGGUCCACACCGUCUACAGCUCCAGUUCCACCAGAGUCGAAAUCCUCGAACUCUUCCAUUCGGCGAGAUCCUCGAUCGCCAAGAAUGCUCAUAUCGCCAAUAUGAUCCAAUUGGAGUACCAGUCAGAACUGGAGAAUAUCCUUUAUGUUAAGUUGGGAAAGUCGGGAGGAUGCUCAGAUUCUAAAACAAUUUACGAUAAUUAUGGUUCGAGAAUUCUAGUGGAAAUACAUUUAAAUGUGAAUACUGAAACGAUGGAUCAGCAAUCAUUUUCGAAACUUUUUGGAGGAGCUGACAAGCAAGUGAUGGCUCAUGUGGAGACGAAAUGCAUGGAGACUGGAAAAGAAGUGCAUAGUUAUGUGUUUUACAAAACAGGCGAACAGGAGAUCCAUGGACCACCUGGAAGUCAAUGUCCUCGAGGAUCAAGAACCACUUCUGACGGGUUAUGUGAACAAUUUUACAAACGGGAAGGGAAUGAAGUAGGAAAAAUUGAGGAAAUUGGAUCAACCUUUCACUGCUAUUUUUUGCCGUCUGAUCAACUGAAACAAUUUACAACAAUUCUUGAAAUUUUGAACGUUAUUCAAAUUUUUUCCUAA